UUUUUUUCUUUUCUUAAAGCUUUUGUAUUACUAAAAUUCUUCUCUCUAUUCAUAUCAUCCAAUCUCUUCUACUUUUCUUCAACUUUUAUACAUUAAUUUUGGUUUCAAAAUAUAUCCAGAAACUGAAAAUAAAAAUAAAAAUUGAGUUGCUAGCUACACACAGCUGAUUAAUGUGCAUAAUGGAUCAUCAGCAGCAGGAAAUGUCUUCACAAACACUAGAAAGCAUGUUGGUUUGCACAAAACCAGAUCAAGAUCAAAAGAAGCCAAGGCCAGCAGAACAACAACCUCAGAAAUGUCCAAGAUGUGACUCUGCCAACACAAAAUUCUGUUACUACAACAAUUACAGCCUCACUCAGCCCAGAUAUUUCUGCAAAUCUUGCAGAAGGUACUGGACUAAAGGAGGUACGCUCAGAAACGUUCCAGUUGGUGGUGGUUGUAGAAAAAACAAAAAAUUAUCAUCAACAACAUUAGCAAAGCGAUCAAGUCAAGAUAACAUUAGCCCAAACAUCAGUAAUCCAAUACCUUCCUAUGAUUCCUCAACUGAUUUGAGCUUGGCAUUCGCCAGGCUCCAGAAACAGACAAAUGCACAUUUGGAGAUCGAUCAAGAACAUGACAACAACAACAACAACAACAUGUCAAUGAUGUACAAUACUGGCAACAACUGUACUAGUACUGCCUUUCUUGAUGCACUAAGAGGUGGAUUUCUCGAAAAUGCCCCAAAUCAUCAUGGAUUGUUUCAUCACAACAUGUAUAAUUACGCGAACAUGGGGCAAUUAGUAGAGAAUGGAGAAAUGGGGAUGAGUUAUGAUCAAGAUCAAAUGAGUAUUGGUACAAGUACUACAAUGAUGACAGCGAUAGUGAAGCAAGAGAUGUGCAACAUGGCACGAUCAACAGAAGGUCAUGACCUGAAUAACAGUAAUAACAACAACAAAGUCUUGUGUGGAUUUCCAUGGCAACAAAUGAAUGGAGAUCAUCAUGUUAACAACAUGAAUACGAAUGAUUUUGAAUAUUCAACUAACAAGCAAAGUUGGAAUGGAUUUGGAGGUUCUUCUAAUUGGCAUGGACUUAUUAAUAGCCCUUUAAUGUAGAUGUUUAAUUAGAAGAAGAAGAAAAAAAAGGUAGUAUUUUGAUUAUUAAUUCUUAGAUUAGACUGUUUUAAUUUUUAAAUUAAAUAUCUAAGAA